ACAAAAUAAUCGGACUAAAUUAUAUUAACCGUCCCCAACUGACACGAAUUGUGCUAUUUUGGUUGCUCCUAAUCUUCUCUUUCUCGAUUUAAUUAAAUCGAAGAUAAUUUCUGAACAUUGGUGCUGACUGCAAAUUUUCUCUAGAAAGAUUCAUUUCUCACAAUUUGUUUAUUGUUUAGUAACCCGAAAAAAGUGUGAAAGAUCUCCAAAAUGAAGUUGCUCCUAACUGCACUGCUAGUGUGCAUAUGCAGUGUGGCAGCACAAGACUACGCUGAACCUCAUGAAGUAGUCUGGGAUCCUGCAGGUGAAGAAGUUGUCAGGGAUCCCGCAGUUGAAGAAGAUUACUACACAAACAGGCGUGGGUCCAGACAAACCACGGAGCCGAGACCAGUAAGACAAAUGCUGGGAGUGAACCGUUGGCAAAUAAUUAAUAUUGUGGACUCAGAGGUCCAUGAAGAGGGAGUCAAAUAUAGGUUUGAUGAUGACGUUAUCGAGCGUGUGAGAGAGGACGUGAUCCCAGAGCUGUGUUACUUGACUUCAGAUAACAUCACCUUCGGCAACUCCUUCCUGUUGGAUAAAAACUGCCUGGAAGAAUUUGAGAGUGUCAGCCCUCAGUGCCUUGGAUUCAAAUGUGAUCUCGCUCACUACUUCCUGGAACACGGAGCACAGAUAUUCACAGACUUCUUCAACGCCACCGAUUACAAGGAGGGCAUGGAAAUAAUCCGCAGGGAGGUGUCAACUGCAUUCGAGAAGUUGGACGUGUGUACCUGCGGCAGAGAGUUCUUCAAAGCUACAUUCAAAUGUGCCCCAUUCUACUACGCCAAUGCCCUAUCUUUUGCAAUACCCUCUAACUAUAAUUUGGCAAAUUUCGGAAGGAUCGCGAGAAGUGUGGACGCUAAAUCGGCAGGCAGGUUCUUCGACAGAUUGCUAGCGGGAGUGUGCGAGGAAACCAGCAGUGGAAUAUGCCUCAACUCUAUCCUCAGUGCUUUGCAGGAGCUGGUAGAAAUGGGUGUGAACACUGUUGAGGAUUUCGACGAUUACGAUAACGGUGACAGAAAGCACCAGAAGAAACAAGAAAAACGUUGUGACGCUAUGUUUGGCCCCUACCGCGCCUGGGUGAAAGACGGCCGGGACCCAACCGACUUCUCUUUGGGAGAGGAGCAGUUUUGGGAGGUAAUGCUGAACAUGACCGCCAAGACAACCAACGCUUUAUACUGUGAGAAGAAGUGCAAGAAGGACAGAGGUGUCUUGUAUCCGUGUUGCCUGAGGAGAAUGCUGGAGGAUCAGAAAUUGUUCGACAACGUUGAGAAAGUGAUUGAAAGUGUGUACAAGCUCAUUCCUAUCUUCGACAUUCAAUACGACGACUUUUACGAAAUUGACACGAUGAGUAUCAAUCUAGAGGAGAUAGAAGAGAUCGCCUCCUGGACAGUCCCUGCAAACCUUCGCGACGCCUUUAUGAGGACAGUACACGCUGCUAAAUAUUGCGAGGGAAAGAUCGUUCAGUGCUCCAACUAGUUUCGUUUAUGCAGAGAUGUACUCGUACUUUUAUGACUCCGAAAUGAAUAUCAAACUUAAAAUUUUAUUCAACAGUCAGACUAUCAGAUAUUUACUAUUACGUACAUUUUCAAGCUUUUUUUAAAGAACCUAACAGUAACCAAUGGCUAUUUAUAUUAUAAUUAUAUUGUAUAUUGGUUUUUUUUACCAUUGGAAAUUUAUUUCGCCAACUAUGUUUUUUUUAAUUCGUUUUUCUUGCAAAUAUCAAAAAAAAUAGAUCGAAACUGUGAAGAUUUGCUCAAGGAAACGGCAGAAAAACUUUUAUUCAAAAAUAGUUUCCAUAAUACUCAAAGCUUUUCAUAAUAUUAACAAACUCCGAGAGACUCAGAGACAAGUGCUAACGUCCUGGCACAGGUGUGCCCUGUAGUAUGUGUAAUAUGUGUAUAAUAUGUGUAAUAUGUGUAAUAUGUGUAAUAUGUGUAAUAUGUGUAAUAUGUGUAAUAUGUGUAAUAUAUGUGUAAUAUGUGUAAUAUGUGUAAUAUGUGUAUAAUAUGUGUAAUAUGUGUAAUAAGUGCUAACCUGGCAGUUCGAAUGAGUUGUGCCUGUUUCUGGUGGGGGAGGGGUGUCUGC